CAAUUUCCGCUAUUUUAUCGUCAAUUUAUCAUUUGUUUGAUCUGUUAUCGGUACGCAGGGAGUCUGAGAUCAUCGCUGCGGGCGCUCACUCAUUUAACGUGACAGCAAACGCACCGUUUCGGGUUUUAACGGCCGGCUUUUAACGGUCAAUCCUCCCUCAAUUGAAUUAACGGCUUGACAGGCAGUUAGCAAGGAUGGCACCUGUCCUGGUGUUCUGGCUGGCUAUGUGUCUCAGCGGGACGUGGGCUGUGGACAGGGGCAACUUCAAAACCUGUGACCAGAGUGCCUUCUGCAAGCGUCAGCGAGCACUGAAGCCUGGUGAGUCUCCCUAUCGAGCCCUGCUGGAGACCAUGGAGCUGACCAACACCAGACUCACCCUGCAGCUCAUCAAUGACAACAACAAGGUGCGUCUGCUGCUCGAGCUCUACCGUCUCCAGGGAAACAUAACUAGGGUGAAGAUUAACGAGCUGAAGCCGUUGAAGCCUCGCUAUGAGGUCCCAGACGUGCUCAUCAGGGAGCCACCAACUGAGCCCUUGUCUCUCCUGUCUCAGGACGAGAACGGGGUGGUGCUGUCCCUGGGGGCGGAGUCCCAGAGGGUCAUUGUCAGCGCCCGGCCCUUCCGAUUGGACAUCAUGGAGGGGCACGAUGUGGUGAUGUCGCUGAACUCUCGUGGCCUCCUGGCCUUUGAGCACCUGAGGAUGCGCAAGGACACUUUCUCCUAUAAAGUAACUAGCACAGUGGCUAGCGUGUGGGAUAAUAUCAAGAGGGUAUUCUCUAGCAGUCAGGCAGACCCAGAGGCCGAGAAGAAAGAGGAGGCUGAUCCGGCUAACCAGGCCGAGGCAGCCAAAGAAGAGGAAGAGAAAGUGGAAGAUGGGAUGUGGGAGGAAACAUUUAAAUCGCACACAGACAGCAAACCUAAUGGUCCAUCUGCUGUCAGUUUAGACUUUUCAUUGCCGGGUGUGGAGCACGUCUACGGCAUCCCAGAACAUGCAGACACCCUUAGACUCAAAACAACAGAUAAUGGAGAUCCGUAUCGGCUCUAUAACCUGGAUGUGUUCCAGUAUGAGCUGUAUAACCCUAUGGCCCUUUACGGCGCCGUCCCAGUUAUGUUAGCCCACAAUGCCCAGCGGACCACAGGCAUCUUCUGGCUCAAUGCUGCUGAGACUUGGGUGGACAUCAGCUCCAACACAGCUGGAAAGACCGUGUUUGGGAAAAUGCUGGAUUAUGUGCAGGGCUCCAGUGAGACGCCACAGACAGACGUUCGUUGGAUCUCUGAGAGCGGCAUCAUCGACGUCUUCAUUAUGCUCGGACCAAGACCAAAAGACGUCUUCUCCCAGUAUGCCUCCCUUACAGGCACCCAGGCCUUCCCUCCCUUGUCCGCCCUGGCCUACCACCAGUGUCGCUGGAACUACAAUGACCAGGAAGACGUGCAGUCGGUGGACGCGGGCUUUGACAAGCACGACAUCCCCUAUGACUUCAUCUGGCUUGAUAUCGAGCACACAGAUGGGAAGCGCUACUUCACCUGGGAUCCACACAAGUUUGCCACACCCAAGGAAAUGCUGCAGGGUCUCCAGGACAAGAAACGCAAGAUGGUGGCCAUUGUGGAUCCUCAUAUCAAAGUGGACACCAACUACAAGAUCCACACUGAAAUCCAAUCUCGAGGUUUCUAUAUAAAGAAUAAAGAUGGUGGAGACUACGAGGGCUGGUGCUGGCCUGGCAGCGCCGGCUAUCCAGACUUCACCCGUGCAGACAUGAGGGCCUGGUGGGCCAGCAUGUUUGCCUACGAUCAGUACGAGGGUUCCAUGGAGAACUUGUACACUUGGAACGACAUGAAUGAGCCGUCGGUCUUCAACGGGCCAGAGGUCACCAUGCACAAGGACGCCAUGCACGGAGCCUGGGAGCACCGUGACGUGCACAACAUGUACGGCUUCUAUGUGCAAAUGGCCACAGCGGAGGGUUUGAUCCAGAGGUCGGGAGGAGUUGAGCGACCAUUUGUCUUGACCAGGGCCUUCUUCGCUGGGUCACAGCGCUAUGGUGCUGUGUGGACUGGAGAUAAUGCCGCUGAGUGGGACCAUCUUAAGAUCUCUAUCCCCAUGUGUCUGAGCCUGGGUCUGGUUGGAAUCUCUUUCUGUGGUGCUGAUGUGGGCGGCUUCUUCAAGUCUCCGAGCACGGAGCUGCUGGUGCGUUGGUACCAGACAGGAGCGUACCAGCCGUUCUUCAGGGCCCACGCCCACCUGGACACGCCCCGCCGCGAGCCCUGGCUGUUUGGUCCAGAGAACACGGCGCUGAUCCGUGAAGCAGUGCGCCAGCGCUACACCCUCCUGCCCUACUGGUACCUGCAGUUCUACCACACAAAACGCACUGGAGAGCCCGUCAUGAGACCACUGUGGGUUGAGUAUCCUCAGGAUCCUGCUACUUUUGCUCUGGACGACGAAUUCUUGAUCGGGAGAGACUUGUUGGUGCAUCCAGUUACUGAGGAGGGAGCCAGAGGAGUCACCGCCUACCUGCCUGGAAAAGACGAGGUCUGGUUUGACGUCCACACCUUCCAGAAGCACAACGGAGCCCAGAACCUUUACAUCCCUGUGACCAUGAGCUCUAUCCCUGUUUUCCAGCGUGGUGGCUCCAUUAUUCCCAGGAAGCUUCGGGUUCGCAGGUCCUCCACCUGCAUGGAACAGGAUCCCUACACUUUAUAUGUGGCUCUUAAUCCUCAGAGAACCGCUGAGGGCGAGCUCUACAUAGACGAUGGCCACACCUUCAACUUCGAAAAGAACGAGUUCAUUCAUAGGAGGCUGUCCUUCACCAACAACGUCCUCUCUUCUGUUAACCUCGCUCCAGACGCCCAGUUUUCUACCAGCUCUUGGGUUGAACGCAUCGUUAUACUGGGAGCUAGUAAGCCCAGCAAGGUUACUCUCAAGACUGCUGAUGGUCAUGAGAGCCAGCUGGAGUUUGACUUUGACGCCUCCAUGUCUGUUUUGACGCUGCGUAAGCCCAGCAUGAACGCAGGGGCUGACUGGACCGUGACGCUUCAGUAACCACGAAAGGCGGGAGAGGAGGCGCGGGAUGAGAAAAUGACUGAACUGGACUGAACAGGAGGCGAGAGAGGAGGGAACAGACACAAGGCGCUGAUACCCAAGACUAACUAAAGCAAGACGACAGGACACCCACCAUGGAGACUAAAGGACAUAAACACAUCAGAUUCACACGGCUGUCCUCUCUAAACACACACACUCAUGUAGACCUGUUAGUUGAACUGAGCCACAUAACGUCUCCGCCAUGUCCCUCUUGUGUUCAGUAACGGUGCAACAAAAAGGGUCACUGCUAGAUAGAUACUGAUGUUUGUUUGUUUUUCAGUUAGAUAACUGAACCAUUCAAAUCAUGUCAUUGUAAUGAAUCUUUGGGGUUAAGAAAAGAAAUAUGCGGGCACUUUUUUUUUUGUGUUUUUAAUCGUCCACUCGUUGUCCAUCCAGUCCGCCUCAGAAGAAAGAUCACUGUGGUGGGUUGUUAUUGUUUAAAAUGAAGGCUGACAUUCAAAGCACAUGCUCCACCUGCUGGUGAUUCCCUCUACCUGUUUCUGACUUUUUAAAAAAACUGAUUCCUUCCCUCUUUUUUUUUUCUUUUUUCUUUUUUUUUUUUUUUUUAAGCCGAGCUCUUAAAUCAGCUACUUAUCUUCUUUCCUUGUGACACAUUUCAUACAAUCUGAUAUGUAGCUCUACACUAAUCUUUCAUUCUCUUUAUUUCUUCACAUUUUGACCCAUCAGGAAAACGAUCUUUCUUGCCGCCUCCCGGCCAGUUCAUUCCUCUUCAGCUUCUCCCUGAACUCAUCAGUGAUGAAUUCGUGUGCACGGAAUUGAUUGAUUUAUCAUCGCUUCACUUUUGAGCGUGAUCGGCCUGCUGCACAGAGAGGCGAUUUUUCAGUUGAACAAGAUACUACUUUUGGCGAUGGGAAUCUUUCAGGGGACUGAACCACUGACGUGUGUGGAUCAUCCUGUUGACGUGCUUUCUUUGUUUUAUCAAGUUCUUUUUUUUUUUUUUUUUUUCUCCCAACGUUGUUUACUAGAUAAUUUUUAAUGCACUUGAAGAAGAGUGAGAACUUACAAGUUGUUUAGAUUUUCAUGUGUUGCUAGAUAUCGGGGCAGUCCAGGAUUUCCAGUGUGUCAUUUGGGUUUAAAGGUGUUUCACUUGCAGAUAUCUCUUAAUAUACUUUUGAUUUACAUAAGAAUUCAUCCUAAAUGUACACUGAACAGUUAUAAAUAUUUAAAUGAUCCUCUGGAGAUGCUGGAUUGUGUCCUGUCUAGUCAAAUCAUUGGACCUUUUUUUUAGGGGGUUUGUUCUAUUUGUUUCGUCUCCUUAAUUGUUUUUAUGAUCAUAAAUGUACAUGUUGCUGCAAUUUUGUCUGGGAUGGCUCGAGUUGGCAGAAACGGAAGUGAAGGAACAGACUUCAGCUGUCGAUCAAAGUUGUCAAAUGUACUAAAAGAUGAGACCAAGUGAAAAUAAAGUUGACCAAAAGUAA